CUUGUAGAUGCUUCAUACAGUCAGUCACAAGAACCUACUGUUCCAUCUGCUUCUCACUCUUAUCUUUCCCUUCUUGCAGUGCUGUGGAGUAGAUUUUGAGGUCAAAGCUUUCUAUGCAGAAGAUCCAGAAGAGACAGUUCUCAAAAGGAACUCAGUGCGUCUGAUGAUUCGCAAAAUCCAAUAUGCCCCAGAAGAGGCAGGACCCCAGCCUCAUGCAGAGACUAGUUGGCAGUUUUUCUUGUCAAAGAGACCUCUACAUUUGAAAGCAUGCCUCAGCAAAGAGGUUUAUUACCAUGGUGAGGCAAUCCCUGUCACAGUGACUGUGAUCAACAAUACAGAAAAAGUGGUUAAGAAGAUCAGUGUGUCAGUGGAGCAGGUUGCAAAUGUGGUACUGUACUCCAGUGAUUUUUACACCAAGACGGUGGCACUUGAAGAGGCAGAGGAAAAAAUACAGCCAAACUGUAUCCUGACGAAGACAAUAACAGUUCUGCCCCUGCUGGCAAACAACAGAGUGAAAAAGGGCAUAGCACUAGAUGGGAAGCUAAAGGAUGAAGAUACCAACUUAGCUUCCAGUACCAUUAUUAAAGAUGGGAUAGAUAAGACAGUUCUGGGGAUCCUGGUUGCUUACAAGAUAAAGGUGAAGCUGACUGUCUCUGGCCUGCUUGGAGAUUUUAUUUCCAGUGAGGUGAGUAUGGAAAUACCCUUCCGUCUGAUGCACCCAAAGCGAGAGGUCAAUCCUACAGGAAAGGAAAGUGAAGUGGUAAUUGAGGAGUUUGCUCGUCAGCAUCUGAAAGAUGAGAACUCUGAGAUGGACAAUAAAGCAGUCUCGGAAAAUGACGAAUACGAGGAAAAAGAUUAACAAAUGAAUGGCGAAAGUCACAAAAAUGUAUCUAAUGGCAAAGACAGUAUAAAGUAAUUGUAUUUUAAGCCACAAGAGAUUUUUUAAAAUGCCAGUUAAAAAUGUUUGUCUUUAUUUAUUGUUAGAAUAAAGAAACCGAAUAAAUUGAGAUUUUUAAUAAAUUGUUAGAGCUCAUUGUAAGCAUCCAGCUGUAUUAUGAAGAAUUGUUGAUUCCAUUUUUAGCAAAUAAACAACGGUUUUGAAAUGUAUUAUUCUGUAUGUGAAGUCAAGGGUCAGGACAUACAUUUCUCCUGUGUAGUUAAAAAUUCCCUUCUACUUGCCUGAAUUUGUAAAAGGAAGUACCAGAAACAAUUCUCUGGCUGCUUCCUCAAUGAAUUUAUAUAUAUAUUCAAAUAAAAUGGUAAUGUAGAUCAACAUGCUUGCUAUCAUGGGGUAUCACAAAUCAACAAUGUUGGGUUUAAUGCUGAGCCAUCCUGUAAGAGCCAGAGGUACAAAAAAAAUUAUGUUGCUUCA